AUGCGCGAGCUGUGUGUACAUCUCAAAAGCAAAGUCGACGCCUUCUUGGACAGAGAAGAUGGGGAUACGGUGGUCAAGGCGAUCCAGAGCCAAGUGCGCAUCGCGAGGGAUGUCAUUGACGAUGCCCUGCGGCGGUACCGCCCCGAAGAACUGUCUCUCUCCUACAACGGCGGCAAAGACUGCCUCGUCCUUCUACUCCUGAUCAUCGCCUCCCUACCAACGCAUUUUCCCGCCUCCUCGUCAUCCUCCGCUUUCCCAACAUCCCUCCAGGCGCUGUACAUCCGCCCAUUGUCUCCAUUUUCGGAGGUCGACGCCUUUGUUGAGUCAUCGACAUCCGCCUACCACCUCGACUUAUCUGUGUCCAAUAAGCCCAUGAAGCCGGCGCUAUCGGAUUACCUAGCCGAGAGGAAGACCAUCAAGGCCGUCUUUGUCGGCACGCGGAGGACGGAUCCGCAUGGCGCGCGCUUGACCUUCUUCGACGAAACGGAUCGAGACUGGCCGCGGUUUAUGAGAAUACAUCCCGUCAUUGACUGGCACUACCGUGAGAUUUGGGGCUUCAUUAGAGCCAUGGAGAUUCCAUACUGCCCGCUCUACGACAUGGGCUACACGUCUCUUGGCGGUACCGACGAUACAUAUCCUAAUCCUGCGCUCAAAGUGGAGGAUGGGAAGCAAGAUACCUUCCGACCAGCGUACGAACUAACGGAGGAUGAUGAGGAAAGACUGGGACGGGACCGGUAA